AGGUAAUUUUUGAUGGGAUGUCGCUUAUCGCCUUUUCCGGUGUACAGGAACAUGCACAAGCGUUCUCAAUUGGCGAUUAUAACAAUAAUUACAAGCACAUCGACGACAGCUACGACUACUACAACCACUUCGCCUACCACGACCACUUCGACCACUACCACAACGAGUACAACUACAUCUCCAUCCCCGACUACGACAACCAUGCCAACAACUACCCUUAACUACCCUGCAUUGGCAGAGACAUCCAGCACUAGAGCCAGUGCAGUUACAGCAAAACCUAAGACCGAUAACUACAGUGAGCAACAUCAUGGCGACGAGAAACAUGUGAGACAAAAAGAACGCAGUAUCGUUCCUCUUCUAUUCAUGGUUGUUCCACUGAUAGUCACAAAAAUCCUAUUGCUUAUGAUGCUUAUACUAACCAUACAAAAACUGAAAACUAUUAGAAAGCGACACAGUGAUCGAAAACCACCUCAUCGUUCGGUUGAAGGAAAGGAAAAGAGCAAAGAUGGGGCAAAACUAACGACGGGCAGUACUACACCAUCAAAGGACUCUGGUUCACAAGCAAAAAGUCGUUGAUAGGCUCUAGGGUUCAAAAGCUAAAGCGUAGUGC